CACAUUGUCAUGAUCAAUAUUUUGUAGAGGAUUUUACUUUUUAAGUGACGUGAAAAUGAUAUUUAUUCGCUAUCCAUUUCAUUCUGAUAUUAAGUAUGUUCAUGUUAACUCUGAUUAUGUAAAGUCCGAUUUGUUGGAAGAUUUCGUUACAUCUAAUUUGGAUAUUUAUGACUUCUCAUUGUAUCAUAAUGGAAAGAAGCUUGAUAGAGGAAGCGAUGUUUCAAAUGGAUCUACGGUCUAUGUUAGUUUCUCAUUGCCAGGAGGGAAAGGAGGUUUCGGAUCCAUGUUGCGUGCCAUUGGCGCUCAGAUUGAGAAAACAACUAACAGGGAAGCUUGUCGAGAUUUGAGUGGUAGAAGAUUGAGAGAUAUUAAUGAAGAGCAACGAUUGAAGAAGUGGCUUGCAAAAGAAGCUGAGAGAGAAGCAGAAAAGCUGAGACGACGAAAAGAAAGACUUGAGCGUCUAAAAUCAAAGCCAAAACAUAAUUUUGUAGAUUUUGAAUUUGAAAAGGAGAUAUCAGAGUUGCCUGAACGUGUUGAUGAUGCUGUUGCUAAAGGUCUACAGAAAGCUACUACAAAUCCUGCCAUAAAACGAGAAGCUAGCGAGCCUGCAUGUUCAUCCAAAAAGAAAUGUGUCUGGCUGGAUGAGGAUAUUAGUAGUGAAUCAAGUUCUAGUGAAGCUGAGAGUCAGGAAAAAGAUUUUUCUGCAACUAAUUCUGAAAUUUCUAAUGAUAAAGAUUAUUCUAACCAGAGUAGUGUUUCAGAAAGUAUAAGCAGGGAAAUUUCUGAAGAUUCUCUAGAAUUGAACACUGAUAAAGAUGAAGAUGAAGCAAAUAAUGUAGGAUUCACUAAAACUGAGUUUAGACAAACUGUAAAUGAAGAAACAGCAUUGGAGAAAUGUAACUUUGAAACCAGUAAUGAAUCUUCAUCAAUAGUGCAAGAAAGGAAUAGCUUUGAAAUCAGUGAUGAGUCAUCAUUGAUGAACCAAAGUCCAAAUGAUAAUAAUGUUCCAGAAGAAAGAAAGAAAGAAACUGAAGAACACUGUAAAAGAAAUUCUCCAUCUGUUGAAAAUCAUCCUGUUGUCAAAGAGGAGGAUAAUUCUCCUAUAGAUCUUCUCAGUUAUCAAAGUGUUGCAGAACUAGAAGCUCUUGGUCUGGAGAGAUUAAAAACCGCUUUGAUAGUUCGAGGUUUAAAAUGUGGUGGAAGCAUUUCGGAUCGGGCACAAAGAUUGUGGAAAAUUCGAGGUUUAGAGCCACAUGAAUAUCCACCAAAUUUGUUGGCUAAAAAGAAAAAAUAAACUGUCAGAGCAUUUGCUUUAAUAUCAUAUGCAUAUAUUUCGUAAUCUUGUUAAUAUUUUAAUUUUAAAUAAAAAUAAUAAUUAUUUUUUGCUUGCA